UCGGCCGAGAAACAUCAAUGGGAGAGCGGAGCGGAAGAUGGCGGACCGCGAAUCGGAGGUGCAGCGCUCUCCAGGCCGGACCGCCGUCGAGGAGGGCAUGAACGCGACGGUAACGGUGGUGAACAACGGGCGGGUGCCGCAGCAACACCCGCCCAACGCGGAGAACCCGAUCGGCCAGGGUCCGAGGUGCGUCACCAUCUACAAGACGGAGACGGGCUUCGGGUUCAACGUACGCGGCCAGGUCAGCGAAGGCGGCCAGCUAAGGAGCAUCAACGGCGAGCUCUACGCGCCCCUGCAGCACGUCAGCGCGGUCCUGCCCCACGGCGCCGCCGAAAAAGCCGGCGUCCGCAAGGGCGACCGCAUUCUCGAAGUAAACAACGUCAACGUCGAGGGAGCCACGCAUAAGCAGGUGGUCGAUCUGAUCAAGUCGGGAGGCGACGUCCUCGCGCUGACCGUCAUCUCCGUGACGCCGCAGGAAGCGGAGAGGUUGGAGCCCUGCGAGGACCUCAGCUACGUCGCGGUGGACUACAGCGAGAAGAGGUCCCUGCCGAUCAGCGUGCCGGAUUACCACGUCCGGGAGAGGAAACACGAGCGCUUCGUGGUCUUCAACGUCCACAUGGCGGGACGGCAUCUGUGCUCGAGGCGAUAUCGGGAGUUCGCGGCGCUCCACAUGGCUCUAAAGAAGGAAUUCAUCGGGUUCAAUUUCCCGAAGCUGCCCGGGAAAUGGCCCUUCCAACUGAGCGAGCAGCAGCUGGACGCGCGGAGGCGAGGGCUCGAGCAGUAUCUGGAGAAAGUGUGCGCGGUCCGAGCCAUCGCCGAGAGCGACGCGAUGCAGGAGUUCCUGACCGACCGACUCGACGAGGACGGCGACCAAGGUCCGGCGGUGGACCUGAAGGUCCUUCUGCCGGAUCGCGAGGUGGUGACGGUCACGGUCGCCAAGGCCGCCUCCGUCAAGGACGUCUACGACGCGGUGUGCUGCAAAGUGGGCCUGGACGCGGAGACGGCCAAAUACUUUUACCUCUUCGAGAUCGUGGAGUACAAUUUCGAAAGAAAAUUGCAGCCCCACGAGCACCCGCACACCUUGUACAUUCAAAACUACUCCACGGCCAGCGCCACCUGCCUGGCGAUCCGGAGGUGGCUGUUCAACGUUAACAGGCCCCUGAGCGAGCAGGCGCUGACCUGGAUCUUCUGGCAGACGGUGGACGAGGUCAACCGAGGCCACGUGGUCGCUGGGGAGAGACUCUAUCAACUGAAGGCCCUUCAGGACGCCUCGAGGAAGCACGAGUACCUGAAACUGGCGAGGGAGUUGAGCGGAUACGGCGACGUGGUGUUCCCUCAUUGCGCCUGCGACUCGAGGAAGGAGGGCCACGUGGUGGCGGCGGUCGGAACGGCGGCCUUCAAGUUACACGCCGUGAAGGAGGACGGCACUCUGGAGUCCCUGGUCGUCGAGUUCCAGUGGAGCACCGUCACCAGGUGGGAGGUGGACGAGGAGGGGAUGGCCUUUUGUUUCCAGUACACCCGUCAAGAGAAUCGGCCGCCGCGCUGGAUCAAGGUCUUCACCCCUUACUAUACGUUCCUUUCGGACUGCUUCGACCGAAUAGCCGAAGAAGCCAAGUGGGACGACCCGGGGGAAUGACGGACCAUCCGAUACUGAGAACACUCGUAUCGUCCACCCGGUGGGUUCGAGGUCCACGCGCGUCGCCAGCAGCUUCGUUACGAGUGUCGAUCGGUAGAUGAUUAGUCGUCCGUUUCGGUCUGAUAUCCUCGGGACUCUCUUCUGGCUUUAGGGAAACUUUGCCGAUUUAAGCGGCGCAUCGAUUUUCUACUAGGUGUGUGUCGGCGUAAAUGGAGUUUCGCUACCUACCUUCCCCUUUCUUUUCCCUAUCGCGCGGAUCGGAUUACCGCGAGAAAGGUAAAUAGAGAUAGGUUAGGCGCACCGUGCAACAGGUACGAUCGCGCCGUUAGCUCGCGACUUUGCCUAGUUACGAUUUCUUCUUUGGCCUACGAGUAUAUACACGAGUGUAUAUUAGAGAGAAAAAGAUAGAGUGGGUGGAUCCCUGGCGGGAGAGAGCGAGAGGGAAGACAUCUUAGUUAGCCUAAUUAUUUUCGAGAGACUCCCGACGUCCCUUUACGAAGAGAGUAGUUAAGAGAUUUACGAACGAGUAUUGACUACUAGGUUCCAGAUUAGCCUUCUCCGCGCAUUCGGGGGACCGAUAGGGUGCCCGUCAUCCGCGAACUAACCUACCCCAGACAUUCCCAAAUGUCGACAAUACCCAUCUUAACCGAUAGAGGCCGAGGUUAGGAGCGUGGUCGUAAGCGAGUAAGUUCGCCGUUCUCCUUCCGUACGUGCAGGUUUGGUUUAUCGUUUGUUAACUGUUUAAAUUAUGAUCUCGAGGAUACGGUUCGUUGGAAGCAAACGAAGUAAUCAGGCGGCAAGGUUCGUUUGUUCGACGCUCUUGAUCUCGGUCACUUCUUAACCGUCUUUACCUCUAGCUCGGUAAAUCUGUAAAUAAUAAUUAGUAGAUUUAACGUCCUUCGACAUUCCCAAAUUCUGCGAUUGGCGAGUCAGAGAUAUCAGGAAACGAGUUAUGAAUUCCCCUUUCGUGAUGCCUCGAUGCUUCGUACCACUCGUCUGCCGAUUAGAGACGAUCUUUUGUGAUAGAAUCGGCAUAGAAAUUAUUAUUUUAACUAACCAGUCAGAGUAUAAUGCAGCUAAUUUAUUGACAUGUAUAGUUAAUUUGGUGGUCCUUCUCGCGUCAUGAGUCAUCCUGUUAAUUUCGUUUAAAUCGUUCCAUGUACGUCCGAUUUGCUUAAUCGUAACGUUUGCGUCAGUUUAGGUGUAGGAGAAAAUCAUAAAUCAUUCCUGGAUGUCUGAGAUAUACGCGAAAACCGCGACCUGUUGAAAUCCUUUUCUCAGGGCGGGACGGUACGCCACUAUUGUACCUUCUCGAAUUAAUUUUCUAACAAAAGGGAUGGUAAGGAUUAGACAGGAAAGGGAAGAAUGGGGAAAAUUAAAUUUUCACGGGAGAUAGCAUCUCGGGUAUGCCGGUAAAAACGAUCAUAACGAUGACGAAGGAAACGUUAGAAGGGACAAUUUUAAAAACACUAUUCUCGGCAAAGAAAAGAUACACUUAUAUUAGAGAGCGCAAGCAAGAAGGUAAACGAUAUAGAUCUAUAUUAUAUACACAUAUAAAUAUUAUAAUUGUCGUUAAUGUUUUAAAACUUUAUCGAGACGGAAUACCGAUCGAGAGGGGUGCACGUGCAGCUGCAAGCGCGUGAUUCGGUGGUCUGUCCGGAAAGGAGGGAAACGGUUUAAAACAUUAGUAAUAAUAGGAGUAUAAUAAAAGGCGAGUGUGAAAGCGAUCGUGGGCGUCGGUGUGUUAACUAUUCGAGGAAAGUUAAAAGCAUGGCUGUGCUGCAUAUGCGAGGACUCGUACGUACGAAGCGAGGAGCGUAAGAGCGAUUACGUGAACGUGCAACCGAUAAACCAACGAUCGAGGAAGUACAAUAAUGACUUGCAACUCCGUUUCUUGAUCAACCGUGUGUCCUGAUAGCCGUUUUAAUCGAUCCGUACUUUAGCGAUUGUUGACUCGGCGGUAGGACCUUUGUGAUAGUUGAAACUUGUGUCGGGUAAUCGCGUCCUCGACGAUUUUCGCGACCCUGGUGGCUUCGCUCGAGGAGGGUACAUGGAAUUUCUGAGCAGGACGAACCCAUGGAAUCCGUCGAUUUGAAGUUGACAAAGAUAUCGCGCCUUAAUAUCCGUGUACCCUCUCAAGCGAACCAGGAGACCCCUGCUCGAAUUAAGCCGAGGUAUCAUUACUUCCCCGUACUCUUUGCAUGCCAUCGGAUGUACUCCACCCGAUGACAAGAUUUCCCCGUGACGUGGACGGGGCGAACGCACCCUUUCUGAACGGCAACUUUGUACUCGCGAAGGGGAAGAAAAGCGACUUUGGAACGGUACUCGGGCCGUCUCACCUGCAGUAUAUCGAAUUCUUAAAAGGACCUAGGAACCGUUUACGCUCGACCUCCCCGAGAAGGUUUCCAUUUCAUUCUUUUGGUAUCCCCGAACUCUAUGCCAUCGAACAACUCGGGCGAUCGGUUGUUCGAGCCCGCCAUUCGCUCUCAGCGGUAACGAACGUCAAGCUAGGUAGUCCAUAAUUUAAUUAUCUAUAUAAUACGACCAUAUCAUUACGAUUAGCCGUUUAGUCGUAAAGCAGUUUUAACGUUAACUAAUUAUAAUUACGUUACGUAGCGCCUCUUCGCUCCUCCCUUCCCGUUUCGCCCUUUAUCGUUUUCAGGACGUAUUUACCUUGCCCUCUCUCGAAAUCCAUCGCCGGACUUUACGCGUAGGGCUCUCUCACGGUGCUUACCGAGUUACAGGUCUCCAUUAAGUUUCAUACUGUAUAUCGACACCGAUGUAAAGGCAAAUAAAACAUGUCAGUGAUUCCGUA